CUAAAGUUACACCACAGUCGCUUUGGGCAUCUAAGAAAACCACGACCUGAUCUUUCUUUUCAAACUUCUUUCUUCAAACAUACCAUACCACACCCUCUUCCUAUAAAUACUCUACCAUACCACCUUAUUUCAAUCAACCAUUUCGGAUUUCAUCUCAUUAAGAUUUUCAACAUCUCUCUCUGUACUCUCAAAAUUUUCCUGUCUUUUUACCUUUUGUCUCUCGAUGGAAAAGGUUAUCAGGUUGUCUGCAGAAAGGGGUGUGGUGGUUUUCACCAAGAGCUCUUGUUGCCUCUGCUAUGCAGUCAACAUUCUGUUCCAAGAACUUCAAGUGGACCCUGUGGUCCAUGAAAUUGACAAAGACCCUGAAGGCAAGGAAAUGGAGAAAGCUUUAACUAGGUUGGGUUGUUCAGCACCUGUUCCGGCGGUCUUCAUCGGAGGCACGCUUGUCGGCUCCACCAAUGAGGUCAUGUCCCUCCAUCUUAGUGGUUCACUCACUAAAAUGCUCAAACCAUAUCGAUCUUUAUCUUAAAGACGACUGCACAUGCAAAUUAACACCUUCAUUUCAAGAAUAAACAUCCACUA